GUGAGCCUAAUAAGCUCUCUCAUGUUCUGCCACGCCGUAGCUGGGAGCUUACCUGCCGGUCCGUGCGCCCCACCACUCGGCUCUUAUCUUAUCGGCCGCCACCCACUUGACGUUGACGUUGGCGCGGGAGGCGCAACUCCAGCCACGACCAUCACGAUCGCGACACUCGCCGAGCUCAGCCGUGAGUUCUCCUUCUCCCCCAAAUCGCCCUCCCGGCCCAGAAUGACUUGAUCCAUCAUGGCUGAGUACGGGCGCAUGGACCCGUUCUCCUUCGCGGGCUCUAAGGAUGUCCAUCAUCCGGUGAGCAUUCGCAUAAUGAAUCUGGAGGGCGAGGAACCCCCAUUCAAGCAUUCCACCCUUCUUGAGAACCCCGACUUGCGACACAUCGGAUCCAACACCAACUCCCACUCCGAUCUCUAUGUUACCGUUCAGGCCUGGGCUGGCUCGAAGCCCUUGACCGUCCCCGUACAGACCGCAUACAAACCUUUCCGAUCCGAGCGAAAGUGGAACGAAUGGCUCCAGCUGCCGAUUACGUACGACUCCCUCCCCGCCAACUCCUAUCUUGCUAUAACGGUAUGGGAUCUUUCGCCCACCGGGGGCAAGGGCGCACUCGGCCAUGCGAUUCCGUUCGGUGGUACCACGCUGCCCAUGUUCGACGAAGAGAACCAAGUGCAGAAGGGCCGGCAGAAGUGCCUGGUACAUCGCCAUAAGCACGCUGACGGUACCGAUAACUCGACGACCCCCGCGCUCAACUCAACAAAGAAGAAGUCAAAUUCUCGUAAAGGCCCUGCUCCACCCUUGGAUAAAGAUGCUGAGGAGCUCGAUCGUAUGGAGACUCUGUUCAAGAAGCACGAAAUGGGCGAGAUCCCUCGGGUUGACUGGUUAGACCAAAUGGUCUUCCGGAGCUUCGAGAAGGGAGGUUUGCAGGCUGCAAAGUCAUCCAUGAAAAUGCUUCAGCGCCAGCGGGCUGUUAAUGGAGAGGAAAACACUAAUGGUGGCCAAACGAAGCAUGUCGCAGAAGAUGGCCGUCCGGGUCCCUCAACCUUCUUGCUUAACGUCGAGUUACCGCGCUUUGACUUUCCGGUCGUGUUUGCCGACCACGAAUACGACCCUCCGCCCAUCUCAUCACUUCAGAAUCUCUCAGUUUCUCAGGUCAGCGUCGCCCAGAGACAGCCGCAGGUACAGUACGGCCCAGGCAUCAAUGCCCUCGGCGAGGGCUCUUCAGGCCCUGGUGGACGUCUCGUGAAGGUUUAUGACCCUGAGGUGGGUCACAGGGACAACCCAGCCGAGGCAAAACAUCGACGGCUGUUCCGAAGCUCGCAUCGCCAUGGCAUUCUGGAUAAGGACCUCAAACCAAACGCCAAGGUGCGAGAUGAGCUAAAUCUCAUCAUGUCCUACUCCCCAACCCAUGUCCUCAACCCAGAGGAAACAGAUUUGGUGUGGAAAUUCCGUUACCAUUUAACUCGGGACAAGAGAGCAUUGACCAAGUUCGUCAAAUCGGUAAACUGGAACGACCAGAGCGAAUCGAAACAAGCCAUCCAGGUUCUUGGACGUUGGACUGAGAUUGAUAUUGACGACGCCCUGGAAUUGCUCGGCCCAUUGUUUGACAAUGGGGCGGUGCGUUCCUAUGCUGUGGAGCGACUUCGCAAGGCAGAUGACAAAGAGCUACUCUUGUACCUCCUGCAAUUGGUGCAAGCUCUGAAGUACGAGCAUAUAUCGACAGACUCGACCGAAGAGGGUACUCACGAUUCGUCUCUUGCACGGUUUCUCAUCCAACGAGCAGCUGCCAAUUUCUGUCUUGGAAAUUACUUGCACUGGUAUUUGAUGGUAGAAUGCGAUGAUCGCAGCCCCGAACAGGGACUUGACAACCGCAACAUUUAUCGCAAGGUCGCAUACGAAUUCAUGACAGAGUUGGUGAAGCAGCCAGAUGGUGUUGAGAACCGCAAAACACUCCUACGACAAGCCGAGCUGGUUGCUAUCCUGUCCAGGAUCGCAAAGGAGGUCAAGACAUCCAGUGAGAGCAUUGCCAAAAAGGUCGAUCGGGUUAAACACUUUCUCGCGGACCCAAAGAAUGAACUCCUGGUCAUCGAUCCACCGCUGCCGAUGCCGUUGGACCCUUCGGUUAUGAUCACGGGAGUUGCACCCGACCAAACUACCGUGUUCAAGUCGUCACUGAACCCGUUCAAAUGCACUUUCAAGACCAUAACUGGAAGUGUCUAUCCCGUUAUCUUCAAGCUAGGCGACGAUCUAAGGCAGGAUCAAUUGGUCAUUCAAAUCAUCACCCUGAUGGAUCAACUCCUGCAAAAAGAGAACCUUGACCUUAAGCUCUCGCCUUACAAAAUCUUGGCAACAAGCACAUCUGCUGGAGCCUCGCAGUUCGUCCAGUCUGCGAGCAUAUCCAGCAUUGUGAACAAGUUCAAGGCUAAUCCCGUGUUGGGCUACCUAAAGUACCACAACCCGGAUGACAGACAGCCUCUUGGCGUCCGUCAAGAGACUCUCGACACUUACGUGAGGUCCUGCGCCGGAUACUGUGUCAUCACUUAUAUCCUGGGCGUAGGUGAUCGCCAUCUCGAAAACCUUCUCCUCGCACCCGAUGGCCACUUUUUCCACGCCGAUUUUGGCUUCAUCCUCGGCCGUGACCCCAAGCCCUUUGCGCCGCUUAUGAAGCUGUCCAAGGAGAUGGUUGACUGCAUGGGUGGCGUGCAGUCAGAUCAAUACCAGCAGUUCAAGCAGUACUGUUUCUUAUCCUACACCGCGCUGCGCAAGUCGUCGAACCUUAUUCUUAACCUCUUCAGCCUCAUGGUGGACGCUAAUAUCCCUGACAUCAGACUGGAACCCGACAAGGCGGUUCUCAAGGUCAGGGAACGGUUCCAUCUGGAGAUGAACGAGGAAGAUGCUCUAAGGUACUUUGAGAGGGUUAUUGAAGACACGCAGACGGCGCUUGCACCGGUGGUGCUUGACAAGAUACACGAAUGGGCCCAGGCAUUCCGAGCUUAGCAUAUGAAGUUACCUGAAUGGUUUGGAGUUUUUUGUGGAUAUAAGGAUACGCUGCCAUCAUAGAGUAAUUCAUGCUAUGACAAUAGCCUUGCAAUUGUGAAUGCGGCCUACUGAUUCGUUGUGUACCAACUUGCUUGAGCCAUUGCGAUGGGCUCAGCCAGUAAUGACCCCAGAAGGGUUCUCAUAUUGGCGAAGGAAAUAUGGGACCGUCUCCAUGGUCAUCUUUACCUGCAAACUUCAUUGAUCUUGCAGAUCUAACCUAUCUGUCGUUCUCCAUAUAGAUAUGUUAAACAACCCGUCUAGACUAGGUCGUAGUGCAACCAGGUUAUGCCAAACUC